GUUUGGGCUCGGCAGGGGAAGCUAAGCUAAGCUGCUAGUUACGAGCUGACAGUCACGUCGCGGUCGCCUUUGUUUCCGCUGGUCCACUCGGGAUGUUGGAGUCUCUCCGACAGCCUUGGCUUUGAGUGCCGUGAAACAAAGAAAAUAACCACCACUAGUAGCAUUGUUGUUUUUUGUUUUACUCUGGGUUGUGAUUGUUAUCCAACACUAUUGGAGAAAUAUGGCGGACGGCGGGCAUUACUACAACGAGCAUGAUGACAGAACCGCACCACAGUUUCGCAACCGUAAAGGCAGAGGCCCUCACAAGGGUCGGUAUGACAGGUCUCGCAGAGACCGCCAGCGUGGAAACCACUCAGGAGGGUUUGGAGGUCCUGGACCACGGUCGAGGCUUGAUGAUACUGAUGGAGAUGUAACUAUGAGUGAUGGCUGUCAGGACAGCAGCUCCCAGAACAGAUUUAACCCAUACGGAAGACCUUUUAGGAAAUUAGAUGGACGGUUUGACAGAGACAGGCGACAAGGCAAAGGUGGAAGCAGAGGUGGAGGGGGUGGUCCCUUCAGAGGAGGAGAACGAGGUGGCGGAGGAGGGAAAAACCAAUCGGGCUGGUACAAAGUAACGAUACCACAUGGAAGAAAAUAUGACAAGAAGUGGCUACUCACAGCUCUCCAGAACAUUUGUUCCAUUACAUACACGCCUGUACAGUACCACGUGGACCAUAACAGGGUCCAUUUCUAUGUGGAUGACUCCUCUGUUGCCAGUGCUUUACACAAGUGUUCACAUAAGAUCACAGACACCGAUGGUUAUAAGGUCGAAGUGCACGUCAACAAAAGUGCUCCACCGUCAUUCCUCCUCUCUGACCUGAAGCCUGAACACCUGGAGCACCUGAAGCAAUGCAUGGCAAAACGUUUCGAUGGCUCCCAGCAAGCACUCGACUUGAACAACAUUCGAACAGACCCAGACCUGGUGUCCCAAAACAUUGAAGUGAUCCUGAACAGGAAGACUAACAUGGAAGCUGUCAUCAAGAUCAUUGAAGAAAACAUUCCUGAGCUGACAUCCUUAAACCUGAGUAACAACCGUAUUCACAAACUGGAUGAACUAGCUGAAUUGGUUACCAAGGUGCCCAAUUUGAAGACACUCAAUCUUUCCCAAAAUGAGCUAAAGUCUGAUCGGGAGCUGGACAAGGUGAAAGGCUUGAAGCUGGUGGAGCUGUGGCUAACUCGAAACCCUCUGUGUGACGUCUUCAAGGACCAGGCCUCAUACAUUAGUGCUGUGCGCCAGAGGUUUCCCCGGCUUCUCAGACUGGAUGGUCAUGACCUCCCUCCACCAAUUGGAUUUGAUGUGGAAACGCCCACCACUAUUCCCCCCUGCAAGGGCAGCUGUUUUGGCUCCGAUGAGAUCAAGGCGCUCAUCCUUCGGUUCUUGCAACAGUACUACAGUAUCUAUGAUUCGGGGGAUAGACAGCCGCUCCUGGAUGCCUAUCAUGAUGGAGCAUCAUUAUCAAUCACAACACCUUACUCCACCCAGAAUCCCUCCAGGAGCAGUCUGGGAGAGUAUUACAAAGACAGUCGAAACCUGAAGAGAGUCAAAGACUCCACGAUACGCUUUCGACUGCUGAAGCAUACACGACUGAACGUGGUGGCUUUCCUCAACGAGCUACCAAAGACUCAGCACGACAUCGCCUCCUUUACGAUUGAUGUGAACACCUACACGAAUACACUACUGUCAUUCACAGUGAGUGGAGUCUUUAAAGAAGUUGUUGUUGAUGGGAAAUCGCGAGAAUCCACAAUGGCCUUCUCUCGAGUUUUCAUCACAGUCCCAGCAGGAAAUUCUGGGUUGUGCAUUGUCAACGACCAGCUUUUCAUUCGAAUGGCCACAACAGAGGAGAUCCGCCGAGCCUUCGUGGCUCCUGCCCCGACUCCAUCUUCCAGCCCUGUCCCCACCCUCACUGCACAGCAGCAAGAGAUGCUCACAGCUUUCUCACAGAAGUCUGGCAUGAACCUGGAGUGGUCACAGAAGUGUCUACAAGACAAUGAAUGGGACUUCAGCAGAGCAGCGCAGAUCUUUACUCAGUUGAAGGCUGAAGGAAAGAUUCCUGACGUAGCUUUCAUAAAAUAAAGAGUGGAAUCAAAUAUCUGUGAAAUAAACUAAAGCGCAGUUACUUUUAUUUAUGGCUUUUGUUCUUUUAUUCUCUCACUUUUGUGUAAUUACGAAUGAAGUAGAUCAAGUCUACUUGUGUUAACUGUUUUAACAGCCAAAUGUCAUUCUGCUACUGUUUUUGGUUGUUAUUGUAACCUUAGUUUUUGGUCAUUUGUAUAGAUAUCACUACACAGUUUUUAUAGGAAUAAAGACAUAUGGCCAUUGGCCCAUUGUAUUCAUGUGCUCAUCUUGAUUUUGUUUC